CUUAGGUUGGGAAUCUAUCUAUCUGGCUGUAUGGACAAGGCAAAAAUCAUCAAAUGGAAAUUCAUCCUCCUCUUAAUUCCUGUCAUCAUCUUUGUCAUAACUAUGAGAACUCCCAUGACAUUCAGGGCCGUCCCAAAGCCAUGUGGGGUUCUGCAUACUUGUCCCUUUCAAAUCUCUGAACAGACCAUCACCCCUCUCAACAACACAAAGCACUUACUGGUGUCAGCAUACGCCGACCAGAGAGUUACUGGUUUUGAUAUACGCAUCAUUGGCAUCUUCAGGAGAGACUCCAUCCAGCUCCUUCACUGUCUCUUCUGCUGUUCUGGCUACUUCUCAGGAUCAACUCCAGCAACAAUUUCACAACACUCAGACAACUUUAGUUUUGCCUUCACAACUACUGAUAUCAUGUGUCAGAUUCCUCAACACUGCAAUGCUACACAUGUCACUCUUCUGACUCAGGCAGACGAAAAGAAGAUGUCCGACCAGAUUUGGCUCCCAAUAAGAAACAAAAAGACCAAUGAGAAGGAGGAUGAAAGGUUGCACUUUAACUUCACAGUCUGCAUCUCCAACCUCUUUGGAGACUACAACAAUGUGCUUCAGUUUGCACAAACCCUGGAGAUGUACAGGUCAGCACAGCAGCACCGCAAACCAUUAUGUCAUGCAAACAGGACGAUGCCUCAAUGGAGAGGGGUGCCAGGGUUUAAUAUUCUAGAACACAUCUACAGGAAGGAGCCUGACAGAACCAUAAACCACCCCUACAAGAUGAUAGUGAAGCCAAGGGCAGUGGAGCAGACCUCAGUACAUGAUGUCCUUAAGAUGUUUGGUCAAAAGUUCAAGGUUCCACUGGACAUCUGUCGGAUCAUUCACAGCCCAAUCAGUAUGCCGCGUCAACCAUUACUGGAGCAGCUGCAUGUGGACACCCGACUGUGGGACUUCAAAGACAGAAUGUUGCCCAAUGUGAUCACGGUGCUGAGGAGAGCGGGGCUGCUGAAAUCAGAGGAGUAGAGCUAAUGCAAAGGACUGACAAACACUCAGAUACACAGGCACAACAGUGUAACAGUGAAUGUGCGCUCAGAGCAGCAGGACAUUUAAAAAUACAUUUGUACUAUUUAGGCUGGAAAACGAGUGGAUGACAUGUUGGUCUUGUAACAGUAUUUUUGAGGUAAGACUGAAAAAAAUCUCAUAUUAGCCCCUUUUUAAGAUUGGCCUCUGUGUGUUGUCAUCUCUACAGCCAAAACAGCACACAUCCAGUUGGUCUUGUAACAAUAAUUCUUAAGAUGAGAUCUCAAAAAUGUUUCAUUUAUUUCUCCAAACCACUAUGAGGUCAGACUGAAGCCAACAUGAAAGUAUGGCUUAUUGCUCCUGUCUCUUAAUAUUUACUCCACACACAGUUGUAUUAGAGUCACUAAACCUCGAUUCCGAGUCAAGUCUCGAGUCCCCAGUGUUCAAGCCUGUGGCAAGUCACCAAACAAUAAUUUGAGUUCGAAUCAAGUCCCAGUUACUCGACUCAGAGUCAUUAAGGUCUACAUUAAACACAAAUGACACAACUCUAUUGCGUCACCAUAUUGCACCGCAAUUUGAUUUCUAGAAAGGUGGAGUGUAGGCAUCAAUAGAAGUGUGCUGGAUACAACACAGUGCUCAUCCAAAUACAGUCAAUGCUUGAGUCUAAGUCAUCGGUGCUCCAGUCUAAUUUGAGUAACAAGUCCUAAAAAUCUGGACUUCAGUCGACUCAAGUCCAAGUCCUGGACUCAAGUACUAAACGCUGACUCCAGAACGAAAAAUCUCAAAUUAGGGGGGCUUACAUUCAUUUUUCUAUUCUACUUAUAUUUCUUUCUAGGUGUUUUACUUAUAAUCUAACUUCCUUUGCUGCAACUGUAAAACCAGGACUCUCCCUCUGGGAAUAGUAA